CCACCAACACCCACCUACUACUACUUCUUCCUCCUCAAUCUCUUUCAUCCUUAAUCCACCCUUUCCUCAACACCCAACAACAAACCAACAAUGGGUCUCUCCGUCUCCCGCCUCCUCUCCGGCCUCUUCGGCAAGAAGGAGAUGCGUAUCCUCAUGGUCGGUCUCGACGCCGCCGGUAAGACCACCAUCCUCUACAAGCUCAAGCUCGGCGAGAUUGUCACGACCAUCCCCACCAUUGGCUUCAACGUCGAGACUGUCGAGUACAAGAACAUCUCGUUCACCGUCUGGGACGUCGGAGGACAGGACAAGAUCCGUCCCCUCUGGAGGCACUACUUCCAGAACACCCAGGGUAUCAUCUUCGUCGUUGACUCGAACGACCGUGAGCGUAUCACCGAGGCCCGCGAGGAGCUCCAGCGCAUGUUGAGUGAGGACGAGCUCCGCGACGCUCUCCUCCUUGUCUUCGCCAACAAGCAGGAUCUCCCCAACGCCAUGAACGCUGCCGACAUCACCGACAAGCUUGGCCUCCACUCGCUCCGCCAGCGCCAGUGGUACAUCCAGGCCGCGUGCGCCACCUCGGGUGACGGUCUCUACGAGGGUCUGGAAUGGCUCUCGACCAACCUUAAGAAGCGCGGCCAGUAGACGCCCGGCCAUGCAGCGAUGCCCCCUGCGCUCUAGCAUCUCUCGUACCCUCCGUUCCCCUCCUAACCCCGCACGUGUCCUUUCCACCUCGCUCCUCCGGCCUGACCCAUGCCACAUCUCUCAGUCCCACCCUCUCUCGUCCACUGCGGCUCGCUCCGGUCCCGAAAUGAAGCUUAUUAUUUUUUUCAUUGUACGCACCGUCGUCGUGUCUAGUGUGUGUUGAGCGUGUUGGUAGAGAUAUGCCUGUGACGUUUUCUUUGUGGG